GCGAUGCGAGCUGAACUCAACACCGUCGACUCAUCGUUCAUUCUAAAGUGACUGUUAAUACUACCGCUGUAUGUUAUCCGACAGCGUAGUAUCGCACGAUGGACUAGAAGAAACCAGAACGUGCGCAACCUGUACUUCCAGGAUCUAUUCUUCAACGUCCGCUUCAUGAGUCGUCUCUCCCAACACAACCGCUCAACAUGGAACCUCGAGCCCGAGCAGGUCGGCAUAAGAACAACCUGAACUUCGGCCCUGAACUCUCAGCCCUGCUCUUCGCGUACGGUGCGCCCACACACCCCGAUAUCGUCAAACCGAUCGGCCCCUCAUCACAACAAUACCUUGCAACGCUUCCCACACCUAACACCACCAACCCACCCACGCCAUUCAAUCAGCCGUUCCCCGAGACGUUGCGUGUCCUCGACGAGAUCCUGACAGACUUCAUCAUCGAGACGUGCCACAAUGCCGUUAGCGUUGCCACGUACAGUGGGCGUGCGAAGCUGAAACUCUCGGACUUUGAAUUCGUCCUGCGCCAGGACAGCAUCAAGUUGGGCCGUGUGCAGGAGAUGUUCAAGAAGAAGCGCGACAUCGACAAUAAGAAGAAGCUGUUUGAUACGAAUGAGGGACGUGAGGGGCAGAAGCUGGGCGUCGGUGAUCUGAUGAACUUAGGCGAAGUGGUUGGUGAAGAGGGGACUGGUAAGGGUAAGGGCCGAGGCCGUGGAAGGAGGAAGAAGAGGGAUAGAGAGGAUGGAGAUGCAGGGGACGGUCAAGGGAAGGACGUCAACGGAGAGGACGACCUCGAUGAGCCAGCAAGUAAGAGGGCCAGAAGCGAGGUUGGCUGAAGAUGGCCGGAGGUGGGAUUCUGACGAUCACGAAACACACGAUAUUACACUUUGCAACUCUGGGAUGGCUACUUAUCCUUACAGAUGCGCACCAGGCACACUCUUGAAGAGUGUACCUCGACGACAUUCCCAGGUCAAGAUCAUGGGAAAGCAGCAGUUUUCCGUCUGCGCUCAAUACACUCUAGAGUACAUUUGCAGACAGGAGCAGAGAGAAAGACGGCGUCGCAUCAUUGAUGUCAAUUCUUUGGCUCAAUUACAGGCGGUCUACCUGC